GCCUUAAAAUGUAAUAUAUCAAAGCUGUAAACAAUUUUCUCAUAUCAGUUCUGAAUGCUUUAUGAUGCAGGCCACAGGUAACCAUCGCUACGGCAAUAAUAUUUUGUCAUCGUUUCUUUCUUCGUCAGUCCCAUGUAAAAAAUGAUAGGAGGACAGUUGCUACAGUAUGUAUGUUUCUUGCGGGCAAGGUUGAAGAAACUCCUCGUCCUCUGAAAGAUGUUAUACUAGUCUCCUAUGAAAUAAUUCAUAAGAAGGAUCCUGCUGCUGUGCAGAGGAUCAAGCAAAAGGAGGUAUAUGAACAACAAAAAGAACUAAUUUUGCUGGGAGAGAGGGUUGUUCUUACAACUCUUGGUUUUGAUCUCAAUUUACUCCAUCCAUAUAAACCCCUUGUCGAGGCGAUUAAAAAAUUUAAGGUUGCUCAAAAUGCAUUAGCUCAGGUUGCAUGGAAUUUUGUUAAUGAUGGGCUUCGGACAUCUCUCUGCUUACAAUUUAAGCCACACCACAUUGCAGCAGGUGCUAUUUUCCUUGCUGCCAAGUUCCUCAAAGUAAAGCUUCCAUCUGAUGGUGAGAAGGUUUGGUGGCAGGAGUUUGACGUAACCCCACGCCAAUUGGAGGAGGUCAGCAAUCAGAUGUUAGAAUUGUAUGAACAGAAUAGGGUGCCACCUUCUCAGGCUAGUGAAGCGGAAGGAAGUGCUGGUGGCAGUCGACCUCUGCAAAAAGCUCCUGCGAGUGAAGAGCAUGUUACUAGUCACAGCAAUUCAUCAAAGCCAGGAAUUUCAGCAUCAUCAAGGCCAGUUCCUGAUCAACAACAUGCUGAUAAUCAUGAUGGGCAGCCAAGAACAGCUCAGACUCGAAAUAAUGACUAUGGAAGAACCAACAUGAAUGCCGAAAUAAAUAGCAUUCAGGAUCGCAAGGGAUAUGAGGAGAUUGACGACACUUAUAACCAUGAACGAGAGGUAUUACCUCACGAGGGGAAUAAGGGGGAGAUCCAGAAUAAAUCAGAAUUUGGUUUGGAUGGACAUGUUCAGGAACAUGAAGAAGGAAAUGUUGGGAGAACUGAAAGGUGGAAUUUGUUGGACCUGAAGGAUAAACAUCAUAGCCGAAAUCCAGGCCCUAAUGAUGGUAUGGUUGGCCAGUCACCUCAAGAUGCCAUAAAAAAGAUCGACAGAGAGAAGGUUAAAGCUGCCCUUGAACGGAGGAAGGCCCGUGGAGAUGUAACUCGCAAAAUGGAUCCUGUGGAUGAACUCGAAAGAGAACUGGAGGAUGUUGAGUUGCCUGGUCAGAAUGAGAAGAUUAAGCAUGACAGAAAACAAAUCUGGUUCAAGUCUUCAAAUAAGCCAGAGCCCAAGAACUCGCAUCAUCCGACAUAUCCAGGCGAGGAUAGAGAUUUGAAUUACCAAGCAACGAAAGGGAAGUUGUCUCAUGUUGAAAAAUUUGACUCCGUAGAGGAAGGGGAAGUGGGACUAUUUGAUGAUGCCGAUCAGGAAUACCGGUCACCAAAGUUGAACAAUAGAAAGAGGAAGGCUAGUAGUCCCCUGGACAAACACGUAGAUGCAAAGCAGCGAAAUGAUUAUAACCAUGACUGAACGUGCAAGCUGCUACUUAGAAGGAACGGUGCUUGUUCAGGAGUCAAUUAUUUGGAUGCGUCGCAAUAUUUGAUCUCACCAUCCCCCUGGAAUUUCCAAAAAAUGUGUCGAGUAUCCAUCUCUAGUGAGUUUAUCUAGUACUGUUGGAAAUAUCUGAAAAAAUGAAAAAUUACAAAAUUAAGUUUUGAUAGAGGGACUUCUGAUAUUGGUCCAGUAUUACUUGUUCAAUUUUUAUUUUUUGUUCUCCUUGUUAUGAGAUGAACAUGAUGUCUGUAAUUUUAUUUGUGCACGUUUCUCAUUUUAAUUAAAAUGACAAUUUUUUUU